AUAGGUUGAGUGUGUAGUAAGUGUGUAGCACAUUUUUAUCUCGUUUCUUUCCAUUAGAGCCCUUAAGAUACAGAGCUAAACAAUGGGGCGGGUUUUAAUAAGCUUAGCUCUUACAGCUCUAUGCCUAGGCACCACCUACGCCUACAAUGAAACCCAAGUCUGCUACGAAGUGAUCGGCUGCUUCAACAACAGCUUCCCCUUCAACAACACCAACGGCGUGCUGCCCAAGUCCCCCCAGGAGCUGGGGGUCAGGAUCUGGAUGUUCACCCGCCAGAACCCUGAGCAGGCUGACGUGCUAGACUAUGCUGACAACACGACCUUCAACGGCUCAAACUUCGACACGGACAGGCCCACCAAGUUUAUCGUGCACGGGUUCUCCUCGUCCUUUGAGAAGACGGCGUGGAUCUUCCAGAUGAGAGAUAAACUCUUGAUCAAGGGCGAUUUCAAUGUAAUAGCUGUCGACUGGAGCAAGGGCGCAACUCUGCCUGAUUAUUUCCAAGCCACUGCUAACAUUAGAGUUGUGGCCGCUGAAAUCAAACUGAUAUUGGACAUGAUGGAAGACAUGGGCUACGACCUGUCUAAAGUCCACUUCAUUGGUCACUCACUCGGUGCUCAUCUUUCUGGGUUUGUUGGGCACAUGCUGGGACCUAACCGCCUUGGGAGAAUCAGUGGAAUGGAUCCUGCUGAGCCAAACUUCCUCAACUACACACUUCCGGUUAGGCUUGACAGUGACGACGCCAUCUUUGUCGACGUCAUCCACACGGACGGGUCAAAGUUCAGCCUGAUCGAAGGGUUCGGCCUGAUGCAGGAGAGUGGUGACGUCGACUUUUACGUCAACGGUGGCGAGAAACAGCCCGGAUGUACUGACGCUCUCAGCAGCAUACUACACAUUAACGGAAGUCUGGAAGGUUCUCUCUCCUGCAGCCACGGCAGAGCUCACGACAUCUACCUCGAGUCUUUCGACAGCACGUGCAACUUCACCGCGUACCCGUGUGACAGUUUGGAAAAAUUUGAGAACGGGGAAUGUUUCCAAUGUUCUGCUGGUCAAGGCUGCAGCGUCCUUGGCAUUGAUGCUGACCUUUACCCUGCAAGGGGUGACCUUUACAUAGACACUCACCACACAGCGCCGUUCUGCGGUGUGCCGUACCAUGUCAAAGUUUUCGCCAGUCCAGAUGCCCCAGAAACCACUGGACUCAUCUACGUCUCUCUCAACGGUAGUGGCGGCAGCACAGACUUCAUCCCCAUCAAUACCAGGAACAAAAAAAUCAACGCGCUAUCGGAGAUUUCCACCAAUAUCGUGUACCGCAGUGACGUAGGUACCGUCACUUCCGUUGACGUCAGGUACGAGAAGGACGUGGGGUUUCUGGGAGGUCUCCUGGGGUCCUCGGGCACCAACACCUUCAGCAUCACAGGCAUCGAGGUCAUGUCCCCGUCCACGGAGACCUGGACCUCAUCUUGCAGGGGCAGCUAUCAAUUAGUGGACAAGACCCCUGUCCACUUAGAGACCACAUUAGGCAGAACAAGUGACCCAUGCACAGUUGUUGGAUAAUUAGCGAUUAAUGAAUAAAACUAGUUAGCUUAUCAAAA